GUAUUAUGGCCUUAGAAGUGAGUACUCGGGUAGCUUUAGACCAUCUGGAGUCUGUUCCUGAGAAACUGAACCUGUUAGAAGAUUACAAAGAUAUUGGAGAUUCCCAUUGCCGAAGGGAGAUGAUUGAGGAAAGAUAUACAAAGUAUAAAGAAAUAGUGAGUUCUCUACAGCAACAGCUGGAAGAUUCAAAACAGAGAGUCCAACAAUUUAAGGACGUGAAAAUGGAUGCUGAAACUUCUGAUACAGAAGUGGCUGCUCCCUCUUCUAGUUGGCGAACUCAGAACAGCUUUUUGUCCAGCUCACUGCUCUCAGAUUCAGGUUCACUUAUGAAAAAAAUGGUUCCUUUUGAUACAAGUGCCACCAAGGAAGAUUCCAUUAAUGUUGCCAUCAGUGAAAUGAAGCUGCAAGCAGAAAGAAGGAAGGAGUAGAACAUUUUGCUAAAACACACCAGCUUUCUCUGUGGUAAAUUCCAUUCCACUCUUUUUUUGGUUUUGAACAGUAGUAAU